GAGGGCGCCCUACACGAGGUGGGUCGCAACUUCGGUCCAGCUGAUGGUCAAUGAACUUACGAACGUUUAUUAGAUUUAUUUUGUUAUUCUUCUAAUUUAGAGAUUUUAGUUUUAUUCAAAUUAUGAAUAUGAUUAGAGCAAUAAGAGGAUGCAGACAUUUCUCUUCCUCUUCUAGAAUCCAGGCAGCAAUGAAGAAUAUUGUUGUAAUUGGAGGAGGCUUGAUGGGCUCUGGAAUAGCCCAGGUAGCAGCUCAAACAGGUCAUGAAGUAAUUUUAGUUGAUGUAAGUGAUGAAAUUUUAAAGAAAUCUGAAAUUAAUAUGAAAAAAAGUCUGGAGAGAGUUGCAAAAAAGAAAUUUGCUGAUGAUGCUCAGGCAGGCCAGAAAUUUGUAACAGAUACAUUGAAGCAUUUGAAAACCAUGACAAAUCCUAACGAAGCAGUAAAAACGGCAGAUCUUGUAAUUGAAGCAAUUAUUGAGAAUUUAGAUAUUAAGCAAAAAUUAUUUGAAGGCUUGGAUAUAAAUGCUCCACAAUCUACUAUUUUUGCUUCAAAUACUUCUUCGCUUCCAAUUGGAGAAAUUGCUAAAGCUACUCAGAGAAAAGAUCGGUUUGGUGGAUUACACUUUUUUAAUCCUGUACCUGUUAUGAAAUUGUUAGAGGUUGUAAGAAUUCCAGAAACAAGUGAUGAAACUUAUAACAAAAUGAUGGAAUUCGGUAAAAAUAUGGGAAAAGUAACAGUUUCUUGCAAGGAUACUCCAGGUUUUAUUGUGAAUCGUCUUUUGAUUCCUUACAUGUUGGAAGCAAUCAGGAUGUUAGAAAGAGGUAUUAAAUUUAUUCAUGCUAACAUUAUUAAAAUUGAAAAAAAUUGUUAUCCAUAAAACUGUUAUUGAAGU